AUGGAAGCAGGUAUCAGAUCGACAAAAAGAAUUUCUGGUGAUACGAAUCAGAAAUCAACGACUUAUAAUCCCUUCCUGACGGCGCUCGCACCUGAAAUUCCAGCGGUCAUCAUAGCAGAUGAAGUUUCGCGCAGCACCUUUUCAGUCAAGCAGGAAAAUGAAUUUGAUAUUACUUUCACGGCUUCCGUGGAUCACAUUGGAGAAGACUGCUCCGGAAAUCGACAGAAUCUCGGGAUUAUAGCAGUGACGACAAACUUCGAUGACACCAUUGACUUCCUCAUGUUCUCGAAGACGUUAAAACUUGUCUUCCUUUCCCCUCUCAAUGUCUAUGUCGAUGAUUCAACAUAA